AUGCGAUUGAUCAAAGCAACAACAUUUGGAAUAGCUUUGACUAUUUUACUUCUUUGGCAUUGUGAUGCAAGACGUAUAAGAAUAAGAACGGGUUCUUCUGGUGGUUCGUCGAAUGAUUCAUCAUCAAGUCCGCUGAAGACGAUUUUAGGAAUUUUUGCUAUGAUAUUGAUCUGGGGAUGUGCACUAGGUGCGAAAGUUUAUAAAUGUCACCGUAAUGGGCAACGUCGGAAUCAUAUGCAGCAAUCAGUGGCUUAUGCUUAUAGAUAUCCACUCCAACCAUUGAAUAUUCAUCAGGGAGAGGAAAGAAAUUUAACAAAUAUCCAUCCAUACACAAUAGUACAACUACCAAUACCAUCCGAUAGAAAUGGAUGGAAAUGA